AGAAAAAAGGAAAGGGAGGAAGAAGGAAGGAAGGAGAGAGAGAGAGAGAAAGAAAGAAGAAAGAAAGAAAGAAAAAGAGAAAGGAGGAAGGAAGCAAGGAGGGAAGGA